AUGUCUCCGACGACAACUCGUUCUAACCAGAACACACCCACAAAGUCAGCACUAAGAGCGACUCCAAAGGCAACUGUCGUUGAAGAGAGCUCGCCCAAAGUCACUCCUCGAAAGGCUCCACAUUGCCACAAAUGUCAGAAGCCUAUGCGUGGUCAUCCCAAGGGAGCGUGCUCUAGCCGUGAUAGUCCCACAGCGGAACAUAUAAUCAAUUCUAUCAAUUCGCUGGACAUCACGAAAGGUCCUCAGGACGCCGAGGACGAGGACGUUGUACCGGUCACCCACAAGAAAACUCGAUCCACAGGGCGACGUUCUUUGACUCCCAGAACACUCCCCGCCGAAGAGGAUACCGAACCAGAGGACACAAAGGCGGUGAUCAGGGAAAGAAGGAGAUCUGAACGUGCUGCGAAGCAGGCAAUUCCUCGGGCAGAGAGUUUGGGGUCACUAGAUAGCAACUCUGUUGAACUGCUUAAACAUCUGCUGCCGGAAGAAGAACCGGAGAAAGAGAAGAAGGUCGUUCACUGGAAGGAUGAGGCGACAUCGUCCCAUGGCAGCACUAGUACGAAUGGUAGAGUGAAAAUGGAACGGGCUAUCAUGCCUUGUUCUCUCGACCCACCCUCGCCGUGGAGCAGCUUCUCGUCUGUGGUAGCCUCUCAGGAUGAUCAUGACGUCGCGUCUUCUGCCUCUAGUGAGGGUCUUCUUGACUCCCACUCACGCGCCGCAGGAAAACCUCCUAAACCUUUGCAACGUAGUAUGUCGAUGGAAGAGCGUCACCAAUUCCUGAAACGACUGGAGGGACUGUCAUCUGCUCAAGCUUAUAUGAUUCCUGAAGCGGAUUCGGAUGACCUUCAGGCUCCUAAAGGGUUGUUCACAAAGUCACUACCAGCGGGUGUUGCUCAUCCCGGACAGAAUAUUCUCAUCGUUGGGAAGGACGAAAAGGACACUCAGGACCUCUAUGAGAGGCUUAAAGAAGAACAGGCGACGUCAGGUUCCCGGAGACGUAGUGGGGGGUUGACGAUGGCGGCGGGGGGUGUGGUGGUUGGUGCAGUGGCCACAUUUGCAGGUUUGGCGUAUUGA